UAAUCUGGUUUAUUCGCUUUAUCCGCCGUUUGGCACUCCGGUCAGCAUCUUGGAUACGCGGAAUUCAUUUCCACUGAUCGGACGGGAAUGUAACUGCAGACUUUCUCCUGACAGCAUGAAUCUCCCAAAGGUGAAAGAGGGAUUCAUAUGUCACUUCUGACCUUCACCUGACCUCUGAUGGACACCUGGUGACCCUGUGAUGACCUCCUGACGACCUCGCUGUGACAUCAUGACCUCUCCAGCUCUGAGAUGACCUGUGGCCGACCGCCCCGGCACGUCUCCGAGUGAUGAAGGCCUCUGACACGCUUCGCCUCCUCGUCUUCUCCCUACUCUACAGGACUGUGUGUGUGUCAGGGAGGACAGUGAAAGAUACAGUGGAGGAAUGGAACCGAUACAGGAAUGAAUGUCUGCUGCACAUGAGCACAGAGCCCACGCCUUCAGCAGGAGUGUUUUGUGGCCGUAUGUUUGACAUGUAUGCCUGCUGGUCGGAUGGAAAACCAAACUCCACAGUCAAAGUGCCGUGCCCCUGGUACCUGCCCUGGUACAACCAAGUGCGUCAUGGCUUUGUGCUGCGGGAGUGCGGUGCUGAUGGUCAGUGGGCCACCAACAACACCAGCCACACAUGGAGGGACCACUCUCAGUGUAAUGCUGAUAACAGCCAGCAAGCAGCACAGGAAAGCCAGAUGGUUGUGCUGGCCUACUUCAGAGUCAUGUACACCGUGGGUUACUCUCUCAGUCUGACAGGCCUGUGUUUGGCUGUCAUCAUCCUGCUGCUCUUCAGGAAGCUGCGCUGCACCAGGAACUACAUACACACAAACCUGUUUGCGUCAUUCAUCCUGCGAGCCAUUUCCAUCCUGACAAGAGACGCCUUGUUGUCCCGGGACACUCCUGAGUUCAGAGACUCCAGGGAUGUGUCUGAUGUGCUCAGUGACCAGACUGUCUCGGGCUGCCGUGUGGCCCAGGUGCUGAUGCAGUAUUGUGUUGGAGCAAACUACUACUGGCUGCUUGUUGAGGGCCUUUACCUGCACAACCUGCUGGUGCUGAUGGUGUUCUCUGAAAACAGCUACUUCUGUGGGUACCUGCUCAUCGGCUGGGGCACUCCGGUGUUAUUUGUGGUUCCUUGGAUUAUCGUACGUUACCUGUAUGAAAACACAAGGUGCUGGGAGAUAAAUGAGAACAUGGCUCAUUGGUGGAUAAUCCGCACUCCCAUCCUGCUGGCCAUUCUGGUGAAUUUCUUCAUCUUUAUCCGCAUCAUACAAAUCCUAAUAUCCAAGCUGAAGGCUCAUAAGAUGAGAUACACUGACUACAAGUUCAGACUGGCAAAAUCCACCCUGACCCUGAUUCCUCUGCUGGGGAUCCAUGAGGUCGUCUUUGCCAUGAUGACAGAGGAGCAGACGGAGGGCGUCCUCCGCACCGUUAACCUCUUCUUUCAGCUCUUCUUCAACUCUUUCCAGGGUUUACUUGUUGCCAUCCUCUACUGUUUUGUCAAUAAGGAGGUGCAGGCAGAGAUAAAGAAGAAGUGGCAGAGGUGGAGGCUGGGGUUGACCGCCCUGGAUGACUUGAGAAACACUGGCAGCAACGUGCCACAGGUGGGUACCAGCUUGCCGCUGUCCGCCCGGUGUCACCAUGCAUCUUCCUGCCUGCCACACAGCCACUGCCAGGACGAGAGCAGUGGGAACCUCUCCUCCACCUCGCCUCCGCCCUCUGCUUUCCCCCAGCCCGGCCUCGCCCACCACAUCCACAGCUACCGUGGAGCGAGGCAGCUCAAGAACUACUGCUACAUCUCGCCUCAUCGACAGGACAGACCAACGGGCGGGAGCAGAGGAGGAAGGGGAAAUGAAGAGGAGAAGUGUUCUGAGAGCUACUGCUGAG